UGAAGCUAACUGCCUAUGGCAAGAUGCAUUGCAAGUUAGCUCUGAGGUAGCAAAAAUCAAAGUUUGUGGUCUUAACGUACUAAAGAUCGCAGUAUCCACUUGAAGGCAGAGGACAAAAGUGUGUAGAGCAAAACGACUGUAUUUCCGAUUUCUUCGUCCACGCGAGAGUUUAACAGGUGCAAUAAUUAAAAAUCCCCAUGUUAUUUUCCCAUAGGAAAAAUUGCAAGAUACCGGAUCUCCUUAUAUGGGCAAAGAUGGCAGCUUUUUUGUAGGCGAACUUCAGAGAUCUAUUCCAGCUGACACUCCAUCUUCCUAUGAAUUUGUGAAAAAUAUGUCAUUUCAAUGGUUAAUCUCCUUUAAAAAGAACAACCUGCUAUAUGGACCUUCUAAAUGCUUCCACAUGCCAAAGGGAUUAUAAUAGCCUAAGCAGUGUUCAACGAAAAGAAUGUGAAGAAUUUUGUAAAACAAAAUCCUUUAAGUUAAAUGUAUGUAUAAGCAAUGAAUUGAUUUUGAAAUGUAUAGAUAAUUCAUCCUAAUGUAUGGGCUGUGAAAGUCCAUACCAGUUCAAGAGAACUCAGAACACGGUCUUUGUAUGACAGUCUGAUAGUUUAUCAAUGUUCUUUAUGUUUAAAUAUUUAUGUGUGUGGUAUUUAGCAGAUGCUUUUGUACGAAGCGACUUAUAAUGACAAUCAAUGAGCAGUACAUUAACAUUAAAAUGAACUGUGUUAGUCUAAUCAAAAAGCUUAAAAAUAUCAAUAUUAUAAAUAGGCUAGACUAAUGUAACAGAAUAAUAAACAUACAAACUGUGACUCUGUAAGGAUAAAUCAAUUAGUGAGAAAAGGGAAAUUAAUUAGUUGAAAAUCUUGUGUUGAUAAGCUUGAUAUUGAGGUUAUACAUGGAAAAUACGUAUAUUUAGAGAAAUGCUCAAAACUGAACAUAAUUUCCUGAAACCUGAGUAGGGCCAAAGAUCUUUGGUAGGGCUCCCUCUGGUGGUGAUGUAAUGGUUUUGUUGUUGUGAUACGUAAUGAUGUCAUACGUCGACCAACUUCCUGUUUUGAUACUCUACUAUGAGUCUUGUGGAAGAUAGCCGAUUCAGCUAGAUAUUGUGAGAAAAACGUUUUUUUACGCGAUAUGUAAUUGUCGAGUAAACAUAGAGACUCAUGCGUAAAGACUCAUGCAUAAGCCUGUCUGAUGCCUUCGUGUUAUAGCAUCAUGGCUCAUGUAUGAAAGGGGAACCUUUAGUCUAGUAGGUAGGUAGCUACAGCUAAUUCAUAUUGACUGAGUCCAACUGUAAUGUUAGGCUACAUUACCCUGUAUGAAAUGCCUGUUUUCUUAAUGCGUUAAGAAGCACACAAGUAAAGAGCCACUUCAAUAUUCUCAACCUUAAUCGUCAAGCUCUCUCACUCUCUCUUAAACAUUGGCCGACAGUUGUAGUUCAGAUUUGAUGUUGAAGAAGUUGUUGCGGCGGAAGGGUUAAAUUCGACCUCUGAUUUAAAUCCCUGAAAAUGAACAUCUUACCCAAGAAAAGUUGGCACGUGCGCAACAAGGACAAUGUUGCUCGUGUGCGACGAGAUGAAGCACAAGCGGCCGAGGAAGAACGUGAGAUUCAGAAGCGCAUAGAGCGCGCCGAGCAAGAGGCACGGACACAAUUCUUGAGGAACAAAUCUCGCGGUGCCCUUGGGCAGAGUAGCGGGGCAGCGGGUGAGGACGGAGCUCCAGAAGGAGGAGAGGGGACAGCAGCGGUAGAGCUCCUGAACCUGUUCCCCCUGGAAGAUGCCUCUGGGAAGAAGGGCAACGAGGAGUACCUGAAAGAGAAGAAGGAGGAGAAGGAGAAGCAAGAGCGAGCUAUUGGCCUUCUGGUGUCACUGGGCCCAGCGCCAGGCACUGCGGUCACUCCCUGGUACCUGGAGAGUCGGAGUGAACGAGAGAAGAAGAAGGAGGAGGAGGAGAAGGACGAGAGGGGGAAGAAGGAGAAGGAGAAGGACAAACGGAAGCACAGGAGCUUCACGGCGGAGGAGAAGGAGAAGAGAGACCGCAGGCUGAAGGACAGCCUGGACCCGCUGGCGGAGAUGAACAAAGCCCUGGCGAAGAAAGGGCACAACGAGAAAAAGAGCAGGAAGAGAGAGCGGCAAGACCGAGGAGGGACGAGCAGCGGAGGACAGAGCACGCUGGAGAGGCUCCGUGCGGAGCGACUGCAGAGAGAGGCGGAGGAGAAGAGGAAAGCCAAAGCCCUGCUGGAGCAGAAGAGCGUCGAGGGGAAGCAGAAGGAGCCGGAGAGGGUGGUGGGCGAGAGGGACAGGCCCUACAACAGCGCCUACUUCCCACAACUGGCCCGCAAGAGGCAGAGGAGGGACCACGAUCACUACGACUUCUCUAAACCCCUAUAACAAAUGGACACGGAUGAGGAGAGUCAAAGGCAGCUGCUCUAUUGGGAUGAGUGAUCCUAAACUGGACUGGACUUUUGGUGUGUGUGUGUAUGUGUAUGUGUGGGUGCUGGAAUCGGGGGGCGUAUACCCACCCUGUAUUCAAAAAUAAAAUUCUGUCCGGUCGUUGA